UUCUGCUGCUGUUAUGAUCAGAGCUCCAGGAUUAGCGCUGCUGUCACCACAUUGCAUCUCUCUGCCGUCCUGCCCUUGCUCUCCCUCUCUCCUGGCGCAUCCCUUGUGACCCACGGUGCAUGUUACGCUGUUACUUCCUCCCCACCUCCUUCCUCUCUCUGGAAACUCCUGCACGCCGACGAGCACUCGCGUUCUGCUAAAACAAGCAGAAGAUUCUCACUGUGGACUGGGACAGAUCCACUACUGCGGGGAACUGUUAGGAGCGGUGGCAGCAGCAAGAGGGAGUACGCGUGUGUGUGUGUGUGCAUGCAUCCGUGCGCGUAUUUGGAGGGUAGACAGAGCUGCGCUGUGCUUCUCUCUCGCUCAUUCUCUCUCUCUCGGAUGAUGAAGGAUCUGGAUCGCUUAUGAUGGAGCUUGACUGAGAAGCGGCUCUCACUCUCACACGUGUGCUCUUAGACGGGCAGAGCUCGGGAGCUCUCGGCAGCGUGGCGGAGGCAGACACACACUCCUCACUUGCAUCUGGACGGUGACCGAUGACAGGACGUACAAGCCAGAUUCCGCGCGCCCCUCGUGCUCCGGCGAGCAUACACACGGGCAGGUGAAGGACCUUCACCUUUCGACCCCGAGACCUCUGGAGAUGUUCCUCCUCUCUCCUGUGAGACUCACUUUAUUUCUGUUGGUCUUCCUGGAUGUUCCUCAUCCGUCCCUUCAGGGCAGGAAUAAGGGCAGAUGGAACAAGGGGGGAUCCCGUCUGCGGCAGGAAGAUUCUCCACCUCGGAUUGUAGAACACCCCUCCGAUCUGAUCGUGUCAAAGGGCGAGCCAGCCACCCUAAACUGCAAGGCGGAGGGUCGGCCAACUCCCACCGUGGAGUGGUACAAGGAUGGAGAACGAGUUGAAACGGACAAAGAUGACCCUCGAUCUCACCGCAUGCUCCUUCCCAGUGGUUCGCUCUUCUUCCUGCGUAUCGUACAUGGACGCCGCAGCAAACCUGAUGAGGGGGCGUACGUCUGUGUGGCACGCAACUACUUGGGGGAAGCAGUCAGUCGAAACGCCUCGCUGGAAGUAGCAUUGUUACGGGAUGAUUUCCGGCAGAACCCUACAGAUGUGGUGGUCGCUGCUGGAGAGCCGGCCAUCCUGGAGUGUGUCCCUCCCAGAGGACACCCGGAGCCCACCAUCUACUGGAAGAAAGACAAAGUCCGAAUUGAUGAGAAGGAUGACAGGAUCAAGAUCCGUGGAGGGAAGCUGAUGAUCUCUAACACCAGGAAAAGCGACGCUGGAAUGUACAUCUGCGUGGGCACCAACAUGGUCGGCGAAAGAGACAGUGAAACAGCCCAGGUCACUGUGUUCGAGAGGCCCACGUUCCUGCGGCGUCCCAUUAACCAGGUGGUUCUGGAGGAGGAGGCUGUGGAAUUUCGAUGUCAGGUGCAGGGAGACCCGCAGCCGUCCAUCCGCUGGAAAAAAGACGACGUUGAAAUCCCCCGCGGCAGGUACGAUAUGAAAUUUGAUAAAGAUGACUUCACGCUGAGAAUAAAGAAGGCAACAGCGAGUGAUGAAGGAACCUUCACCUGUGUAGCGGAGAACCGAGUGGGCAAAAUGGAGGCCUCCGCAACCCUCACGGUCAGAGCUCGCCCUGUCGCUGCACCGCAGUUCGUGAUCAGGCCGCGGGAUCAGAUUGUGGCACAGGGACGCACCGCCAGCUUCCCCUGCGAGACUAAAGGGAACCCGCAGCCGGCAGUCUUCUGGCAGAAAGAAGGAAGUCAGAAUCUCCUGUUUCCAAAUCAACCCCAGCAGCCCAACAGUCGUUUCUCGGUGUCGCCCAGUGGAGAUCUAACCAUCACUACGGUCCAGCGGGCAGAUGCGGGCUAUUAUAUCUGCCAGGCCCUGACGGUGGCGGGCAGCAUCCUGGCCAAAGCACAGCUUGAGGUCACAGACGUGUUGACCGAUCGCCCUCCACCCAUCAUCCGGCAGGGUCCAGCUAACCAGACUCUUGGUGUAGACAGUGUGGCUCUUUUGAGGUGCCAUGCAUCCGGAGAACCAGUCCCAACCAUCAGCUGGCUGAAGGACGGGGUCAGUCUGCUGGGCAAAGACCCUCGGAUGUCCCUGCAAGACCUCGGCAGCCUGCAGAUCAAGGGUUUACGGCUCUCUGAUUCUGGCAUUUAUACUUGUGUGGCUGCAAGUUCUAGUGGGGAAACAUCAUGGAGUGCUUUCUUGGAGGUCAAAGAGGCUGGGAGUCUUGUUGUAGUUAAAGAUCGGGAUGAGAACGAGCUUCCAGGACCUCCUUCCAAACCUCAGGUCACAGAUGUCACUAAAAACAGCGUGUCAUUAUCCUGGCAGCCAGGCCUUCCCGGAGCAUCAGCCAUUUCUACAUAUGUCAUAGAAGCAUUCAGCCAAUCGGUGAGCAACAGCUGGCAAACUGUUGCCGAUCACGCCAAGACAACGCAGUACACCAUUAAGGGUCUCCGCCCUAACACCAUCUACCUGUUCAUGGUGCGAGCGGUCAACGUCCAAGGCCUGAGCGACCCAAGCCCCAUGUCUGAACCCGUCCGCACUCAAGAUAUAAGUCCUCCAGCGCAGGGUGUGGAUCACAGACAUGUGCAAAAGGAGCUGGGAGAAGUUAUUGUGCGGCUACACAACCCUGUGGUCCUUAGCCCUACCACCAUACAGGUCACAUGGACGGUUGACCGCCAGUCUCAGUUCAUCCAGGGCUACAGGGUUUUGUACAGGCAGAUGUCAGGCCUGUCUUCUCCAGGAGCCUGGCAAACUCAGGAUGUGAAAGUCCCCUCAGAGAGGAGCAUGGUGCUCUCGGCUCUAAAGAAAGGCAUCGUCUACGAGAUCAAAGUGCGUCCAUAUUUCAAUGAGUUUCAGGGCAUGGACAGCGAAUCCCGAACCGCAAGAACAACAGAGGAAGCGCCCAGUGCUCCUCCUCAGCAGGUGACUGUACUCACUGUGGGCAACCAGAACAGCACAUCUAUUAGCAUCUCCUGGGACCCUCCGCCUGCAGAACACCAGAACGGCAUCAUACAGGAGUACAAGAUCUGGUGUUUGGGGAAUGAGACCCGUUUUCAUGUGAAUAAGACGGUGGACGCAGCGAUCCGCUCAGUGGUGGUUGGGGGUCUCCAGGCGGGGGUCCAGUAUCGGGUGGAGGUGGCCGCUAGCACCAGCGCCGGGGUCGGAGUGAAGAGCGAACCACAAACCAUCAUCAUUGGUAAAGACUUCCGCGAUGUGAUGAUUAGCAGGAAUAACAGCAUCACAGAGCAGAUCACGGAUGUGGUGAAACAGCCGGCCUUCAUCGCGGGCAUUGGCGGGGCCUGCUGGGUCAUUCUGAUGGGCUUCAGCAUCUGGCUCUACUGGAGGAGGAAGAAGAGAAAGGGACUCAGCAAUUACGCAGUUCAGUCGUUCACCUUCACCCCUGCAGUGACGUUCCAGCGUGUUGAUGGAGGCUUGAUGAGCAACGGGAGUCGUCCUGGUCUGCUGAACGCCAGUGAUUCGGGUUACCCGUGGCUCGCCGACUCCUGGCCUCCCAGCCUGCCUGUCAACAGCGGAUCUGGAGGACCCAAUGACCUCAGCUUUGGCCGUGGAGAUGUGAUGCCCAGUGCUCAGGCUGAUAAGACGGGUACCAUGCUUUCGGAUGGAGCCAUUUACAGCAGCAUCGACUUCACCACCAAAGGCGGAUUCGGUAGCCCAAGCCCAGCCUCCCAGGCCACGCCCUAUGCCACCACACAGAUCCUCCACUCCAACAGCAUCCAUGAGCUGGCAGUGGAUCUUCCUGAAGCCCAGUGGAAGACCUCCCUACAGGCCAAGCAGGAGAUGGCCAGCCUGGGUUACUCACUGCCCGACAAAAACUCCUGCAAUAACACACUCCUUUUCAUUCCUGACUACCGAUUGGCUGACGGACUGUCUAAUAGAAUGCCACACAACCAAUCGCAGGAUUUCAGCACCACCAGCUCCCACAACAGCUCAGAUCGGAGCAACAGUCUGUCAGGUGGAAAAGGUGGUAAGAAGAAGAAGACCAAAGCAAACGUCAAGCCCACCAAGAUGAAUGGCUCCAACUGGGCGAACGUUCCACUUCCUCCUCCUCCCAUCCACCCUCUUCCUGGCACAGAGAUGGACCACUACGCCUCAGAGCACCAUGAUGGAGGAGGAUAUGAUAGUGAUGGUUGGGGCCCACCAUUGCCAGUGCAGACGUACCUCCAUCAGGGUUUAGAGGAUGAGCUGGAGGAAGAGGAAGAGCGGGUGCCAACUCCUCCCAUUAGGGGUGUGGCUUCUUCUCCUGCUGCAGUUUCCUUUGGCAAACAGUCCACAGCCACACUGAGCCCAUCUCCACGUGAAGAAAUGCAGCCCAUGCUCCAAGCCCACCUAGAUGAGCUUACCCGUGCUUAUCAAUUGGACAUGGCUAAACAGACUUGGCACAUGCAGGGUGGGCCUUACCCGCCCCAGGCCCCCGCACCACCCGUGGGCUACGUCUCCAGCACCUUAGUGUCUGACAUCGAGACCGAUCUCCCUGAUGAAGAUGACGAUGAUGAGGAGGAUGAAGGAUACGAGAUGUCGCCACCAAUUAGGGGCACUGAACACACGCCAGGCUCCAGCAUGGACAACUUAGACAGCUCCGUUACGGGCUCUAUGGUGAACGGCUGGGGCUCGGCUUCAGAAGAUGAUGACAGAAACUUCUCCAGCAGGAGGUCUAGUGCCGGCAGCUCUUCUGACGGCUCGCUCUUCACCCAUUGCAGCUUUGCGCGAGCCCUGGUGGCAGCCGCAGACAAGGCUGGUUACCGUCUGGAUGGCACCAGCCUGAGCAAAAGAGAUAAAGGUCUACCUCAUAGACCUCGUCCCGCUAGCCCGUUCUCCACAGAUGGAAGCACGGUGGGCACACACAGUCUGGGGCACCAGCGGGCAGCAAGGCCCACACGUAAACACAAAGGCCCUGGCACUGUCCCGAACCGCCGUGAUGCCAGUGCGGAUGAUCUGCCUCCACCUCCAGAGCCUCCACCCUGCCAGACAGCUCGCAUCCCCGGGUCGAGGAACGUUCCCCAUCCCUGCGACCGCAAAGCUUCCUCUCUGGAGAGGCAGCCUAUGAUGGGCCUUGAGGAAAUGAGAAGUUCCUUGGACCGGCAGGCCCGAACCUCAUUGGACCGCCACCAACAAGUCCAGGACAGACUGGGGUCCAUAGAGAGAGGAGAUGAAAGCAGAAGAGGACAGAAAAAUGGUCCCUUUUCAGAAGAGGCCCUAUUGCCAUACAACAAACCAUCAUUCCCAUCCCCUGGUGGGCACAGCUCAUCUGGGACGGCCUCUUCUAAAGGGUCAACGGGUCCUCGCAAAGGAGAAGGGACGAGGGGACAGCACCAGCGCUCCACCACGGAACAAGGAGAAAGCAGCUACAUGGGGACCAACGCGCAGUUUUCCGGAGAGUUAUAGUAAGCAUUUUGGAUGGAAACUGAAGAAUGCCUUUAUCUGUUCUGGAAAAGCCUCAACUGCUUGGUGCAGUGGUCUUUCGAAACGUCAGAAGGAGAAAAGAAAAAAAAUGAUGACAAGGACAAACUGUAAAUGUGAUGUAAAGAUGGACAUGCAACCCACAAGAUCCGCAACAUCCCUCACCUUCCUCCUUAAACUAUUCAUUCACAGAAAAAAAGAAAAAUGUUGGGGACGAAAAAGAGAAGAAAAAAAAAAAAACACAAUGUAAGGCCUGAGAUUUGAGUCGCCCAGCUUUGGUGAACUUGUGGAAAGGAAAUCGAGUUUCCUGUAAAUAUAUUCUUGACAUCGGAGAUCGAAAAAUGACAUUGUUGUUAUUGCAUUGCUAUGCAAGCCGAGUUCCGUUUCCGCGCUCUCCUCCCUCUUACGCUGUUGGUCGUUUGUACGAUAUGUGAAUUGAUGGGCUGUGGUGCCAUAGAAAUUAUGUUGUCAUCCAUCAUUUGUUAAUACUUCUCAUGAAUUAAUUGUUGUCAUUAUGAUAAUUAUUUUAAUUAAUUAUUUUCUUUUGCACUGCAAUUUUGGUGAUAAGCACAAAACCAUAGCUCCUGCUGACAUGAAGAAUUGGAGGAAAGGAAAUGUGAAGGGGAGUUUCUGUACUGUAACUAGAGAUAUGAAAAUAUAUAACCGUGUACAGAGAUAUAUUAAGAUAUGCCUGCAUCUAUGCCGGCGGGAAAGACUUACAGUUCUGAUGAACUUUUGGCGAUGGGGUUCCCGCGAGAGGAGCCAGACCCUCUCGGGCUUGGAAAUGCUCACGGAUGGGUCGGGAAACUGUUUGCAGGGAAAUUUGUUUGGUCUCAACACAUCCCCCUACUAGUUAACAACACUCAGUCUAGUCCACUUGGUCCAAUUGGAAUGUUUUUAGGCCAGAUCUUUGAGCUACACUGGACUACAGGUACCAACUUUGCCUCUUCCCCUUCCCACCGUUUGCCGCUAGCUUGUUUUGCGUUUUUUUGAGCAUAGCAGAAAUAGACAUCAACAUGGCUAACGUUUGGAAGUGAAUUGUUCAUUGCGAGGUAAUUGGGCUUUUUUUUUCUUUUUUUGGUCUUAUUUUGUUGAUCUCCACUCCAAAUUAGAUUCCAAGCACUUGAACCGUGAGUAAUUUAAAAGCCAUAUGAACAAGACUACAAUGCCCCUGCCUUCCCGUAAGGCUUCUGCCUUACUAUAGAGGUCUUGUAGACGUCAAUUCCCGUGCUCCGAUCUCGAGUGGAGAAUCAAGUCAGGAAACUUAAUUUCGAUUUUUAUUUUUUAGCACUUAUCUUGAUUCUUUUGUACAUUUCCGAGUCCCAAAGUCUUGUUCUACUUUACCUAUGCAGGGCACUGAAUCACCAACGCAAUCUCACGCCAAUUCGUAAGUUUUCGAUUUAGUAUCUAAUUCGCAUACAUAACAUAUACGUUUUAGUCUGCUUUCCUUAUCCCCAGUGAGGUGUAGGAUUAGGGAUGGGGUUUGAGGACAAGCCUUCUUUUAAAAAACGUACAUUUUCAUAUGAGUGAAAUCGUAUGAAUUCGUAACACAUAAAAUAGUUACGUUUCCUUGUGAGAUUAGGCUGGAUUCUUUAACGACAUUCAUUGGUAUCUUGAUUCAGAUAUUCGUCCUGUACUCUUAUGUGGAAGUGUCGAGCUAAAGCCAAUAACGUUAUGCAUUUGAGGUUUCGAAAAAUGUGGUUAUAACGCUCACAUGAUCACUAAUGAACGUUGGUUGUGCAAUUUAUUUAAUUAAUAAUUUUUUCACAUCCUUGGUGUGCUGUAAAACGUCAAUUCGACCUCCAGAAAUACGUUUCCACUGUCUCCGGCCACAACAUACAAAGUACGUUUACCAAACAGUCCAGUUGGUUCUUUUUUGCUUGAUGAAAUUUUACAUAUAUAAAUAUAUUAUAAAAACGAAAUGUACAAAAGGCUGCUCAAAAAAAGGAUAUUUUUUACUGUGGAAUCUUCAGGAGUUACUGGUGAAAUGACUGUUUUCUUUCGUUGUUUCCGUCGUCGUUUUUUGUACAACUAUACAGAGGAGAGCUCUCUCAAAGCGGGCCGACGUCCCGCUCCACGUCUUUCUCUCAGAAAUCACAUCAUUUCAGCGCUAGUGUCCAGCGGUUUGGAAUAAUGAGGUGCGAACGAGUAUCUCAGGUGAUUUUACAUCUAUAUCGGUGGUGUUGAUGUGGGUGUAUAUAAAUGUAUAUAUUCAUAUGCAUCCUCACUUAAGAGAGUUCAUUCCAUGUUCGCUAUUGAAACAUUUCUCCACCCCUUGUACCUGAUGGAUUGCUAUGCUCUCUCUUUCUCUCUCUCUCUCUCUCUUCCUUUUUGGCCCUGUCGACAGUGGAUUUCCAUUCCUCUUCCUCAUCUGAAAACGUGCCGGUACACUAAAUGUCCAUAAGACAAAGAUGUCACUUACAGAACAUACCAAAAUUAAUAUUGAUAUUUCUAAUGUCUAAUGCAUUUUAGUGUCUUUUUUAAUACUUGUUUCUUUAAACAUCACAGUGUUGUUGUUUUUUUGUAUUUAUUAAGAUAAUAAAGGUAUAUUGUGAAAAAUUGCA